CCUACCUCGUCAUCCGAUAAACCCUUUUCUAAUUCUACCAGGACACUCGACGCACAACUCCAAAUCAAAUUCUGCCAGAGCGUUCAAAUAAAUCAUGCCGACGCCGCUGCGUGGCGAGGCGUCGGGCAGCAGUUUGGCGUGCUGGUGUGCCUCCCCACCGUCACGAGGCGAGGAGGCAGUAGUGGACUCCCUCCGCCACGGGAAGCGAAGCGCCACGAUUCAAGAAAAGCUUGCGCCGGCCGCGAGUGGUCUCCUGGCCUUUUGGCGGAGCAAGAAGCCAGGCCCCGACACCAUGGCCUCCGCGCGAAAAAAGUCGAUAGGUGGCCGCGGCGGCGUCUGUUGCUAUUGGUUGCCGGGCAUGUGCCACCGAAAAGCAUAGGGCGGGCCGCGCCCCCUCGGGCCGCGCCGGCAUCUGACUUUCGUCGUGUAUAUUGGGCGGCGCCCAUGGUCGCGCAGGCGCCCACUGCAGCAAGGCUGGCCGGGUUCCGCCGAGAAACAAAGCAGGGCCAAGGAAGCGCCACGCCCCCCCGAAACACGCACCGGGCGGCGCAACAAGGGCGCGUCGCUUCAUGCCGUUGCCCACUGCAUGGCCGGCAUGCCCCCGGCGUGCGGCCAUGUGUGUGCCGCCCGUCGCCUGCCCGUCGGGUGUGCCACCUACUUUGCUUUCUUUGCAGUGGUUGCCCUGAGGCACCCCUCUCGUGCUCAGCGAGCCGCGUGCCCUGUUGUUUCCUUGGGCGGCCGCCAGCUCCGGGGCCUGGCUCCUGCAAUUGUUGUCUAUUGUCGCUUACCUGUAACGCAGUCGUCGGCCCCCGGCCUGUUCCUUCAU